AUGGCCACCCGCGGCGGAGCCAAAAAGCGAAAAUGCCGCAAGGACGAAUUGGACGCCGGCGCCACACAGCCGUCGGGCGAGAAGCCUGAAGCCGGAGAAAUCCCCGAUCUGAUCAGCAACCUCGACAUCGACGUGCUGCGCCGCAUCGUGUCGCUCCUCCCUACCAAGGACGGCGCCCGCACCCAGUCCCUGUCCACCCGGUGGCGCGACCUCUUCCGCUCCGCCCCGCUCAACCUCGGCGUGGAGCUCCGCCGCGAAGACGAGCCCGCCCCCUCCAGGCUCGUCACCCGCAUCCUCGCCGACCACCAGGCGCCCUGCCGCCGGCUCUCCCUGACCUGGUACGGCUACGAAUCUGGCUUCGUCUCCCCAUCGUUGAGCCGUUGGCUCCAUUCGCCAGCCCUCAAUGGCCUCUCCGAGUUGGAUCUGUGGCAAAAGCGCAAGAGACGUGACGAGGAACGUCGGGAACUGCCCAGGGAGGAGGACCCGUAUGCCCUGCCGCCGUCCGUGCUCCGAUUUUCGCCCACCCUGCGCAUCCUCAGCAUCAAGUGCACCGGCUGCAUGAUCCAUUUCCCGUCUGUCGGUGAUCUACAUCUCCCCAUCCUCAAGCAGCUCACCCUUAAAGGUGUCGUCGUCUCGGAGGGCGUCCUCCAUGACGUUCUUGCUGGAUGCUCUGUGCUGGAGAGCUUGGUGCUUAGCAAAUUGGAUGGUGUUCAUGGCGUUCGGAUCAACUCUUCCACCCUUAGGAGCCUAGGUGUGUCGUCUGGUUGGAGAGAUGAACCUGAGGAAGUAUUGCAACAAGUAAUUGUUGAGGAUGCCCCUCUCCUAGAGAAGUUAUUCCUAUCUGGAUUAGAUGACCACUUAUCAGUCCGUGUGCUUUGCGCGCCCAAACUGGAUUUCUUGGGUUCUCUGCCAGAAGGGUUCUCUAAAGCCAAGCUCGAAACCACACUUGUUCAGAGAACUGUUGUUGCCAGUUUGAUGAGUGUCGUGCGAACAGUCAAAGUUUUGGUUUUGCGCAUGUCACCUCCCAGUGUUGAUGAUGCCAUUGACUUUGUGAAAUUCUUUCCUUGCUUGGAGAAGUUAUAUGUCUUGUUAUACCGGGACAGGGCAUCAAAAAGAGCACGUCAUCAUUUUCCACUUGGUUAUAUUGAAUGUUUGGAGCUCCAUCUCAAAAAAGUAAUGCUGAUAAAUUACCACGGAACACCGAGAGAUGUUGAUUUUGCAAGGUUCUUUCUUUUGAAUGCCAAAGUGCUAGAACAUAUGGAGUUUGCAUCAUGCAUUUCAGGAAACCGGAAGAAAUACAUUACUGAAUGGAUAGCUGCUCAACCCAGAAAGCUACAGCUGGAUAACAGGGCUUCUGAAGGUGCUCAGUUCAAUUUUAUCCCUGAUUCUGACUACUGUGAUGGUAUACAUAUUGGGCACAUCCAUGAUCUUACUACUAGUGACCCCUUUGAUAGAUCAUUAUGUCGAUGUGAUAGCAUCGAUUUCCUUUGAGAUACUUGCCUAACUUAUUUCAUGUUUUGGGGAGAAUAUAGAUCAGAUCUGUAAUAUGUGACGUUUACUUUUGUUGGAACAUCUGUGUUUCAUUGCCCAUUAAUGUUGCUAAAUCACAUGCAUACUUCUACAAUUUUCAUUCAGUUCUCCAAAUCCAUUUUUAUCUUUUAGACAAAAUGGAGGUCUUUGGUUCAUGUAAUGGUUGUUCAAUGUUAUCUAGAUAGCAGUCGUAUGUUCAUCCAAAUGACUUGGGAGACAUAAGUAUCAUGGUUCUGGCUUUCUCAGCUAAGUCAGAUCCUCAUCUGAGUUUGAAACUGCACAUUUUGUUGCUACCUUCAGUCAUUUAGGUGAUUACCCACUUCCUGACACUUAUUACCAUUUCAGUUACAUGCUUGAUUUAUAAAAUGAUGGCCGUAAGUUUGGUGGUGGGCAUACAUAAGUUUUUUCUUCUUGCAAUUGCAUAUUCGUGUAUUCUUCACUCCAGUGCGGUCACUGGCUAAAUGAAAUUAUGGAAUGUGUUCCCUCCUUAGAAAGAUAAAACCAGUGUGUAGGUGAAGUCUGCAUCAUUGGCAGAAAAUGUAGAAAUAUCUAAGUCUAUGGUAUGAUCCUAGCCUUAUAGCGAAGGUUGUUGUAUGUUAUGCGAGAGUUGUCAUCAAUGCUUUUAGGUGAUCGCCUUGUUGGGGCAUGGCUUAGUAUUAUGUUUGGAGACUCCUUAAUUAGGUCUGAAACUAGAGCUCCCCAAACUCUAGCUCUCUCCCAUUGUUGCAUUGGAUGGGGAGUGAAUGAGUUUUGGUGGAGUGGGGAACUCUGGAGCAUCGAUUUUUGUAGGGUAUUCUUGACUUGGCUUUGUUCAACUCUUGUUCAUGUAAUGUCCUAGCAGGUCAGCACCCCUUCAUGUAGCCAAUAUUUGUCCCCACAACAAUACUUUACUUUCUCCAAAUCGGAAGCAGUAGAACCCACUCAUGUCACCAAAAACCAUAAAACUACUGUCCUAUGUACAUAUCUACGGUCAAAGUGCUCCCUAAGCUAGAGUUGAGUACACUGAUGGUGUGCCAAGGGAGGUAGAGGAGGUGGCUGUCUAGAUCUUGCCGGCGUCGAUGGUGACGAUUUAGUGGUGCAACAGCCGUCAGUUGAAAUAGGAGAUUGAAAAAUGAGAAUGUGAGCUAGAGACGAGUGGGUGCAAAUUGCUCAAUACAACCAUACAAAUCAGACACAAUCAUUUGUUUUUUUCCAGAAAAUUGUACAGCAUCAGGGACAAAUCCAUCUCGUUCAUCAGACAGCCCGGGCCGUUCAACAAGAUGGUGCCCAUCCCAAAUAUAUUCCCUGAAAGAGAGAGACCAGACCAGACCUACCCUCCGGCCUCCGCAGCCACCACUACCACAACUCCACAGUACUGACAGCUACUUG